AUGCCUUGGUUUCGCGUUGAUGACAACCGGUACGAGCGUGCACUUGGUGAAAAUGAAAUAUUCAUCAAAAUCCUCGCCGAUGCUGCCCGUCCAUUGAACCGUGAGCACUGGUCGAUCAACGUCGUCGCCACAGUCACUCCAAUGGGCUCAAUCGCAUGGGAAGAUUUGACAUCUCUUUUCCGCGAAGCCUGGAAGGGUCUGCGAUUUAAGCACCCAACCAUUGCUGCAUAUGUCAUGGACGAGACUAGAUACGUCUAUGAUGUGCCAGAUAAAACAGCGCUUACCAAAUGGGUAACAGAGACCUUCAGGGUAGUUGAUGAUAAGACAGUCGAUGAAGUCAUCGCAUCUACCACGCUAAAUCCUUAUGCAACAAUGACUUAUUUCCCUCAGACGUGCCAACUCCUAGGCCAUACACAACACUGGCGCACGGAUGGAGUUGGCGGCUUUAUUCUUAUGGAUGACUUCCUUGACCUGGCUUGUCAGUCUGUUCCUGUAGAUACUUCUUCACUGCCGUGGGGUGAAGAGACUAGCCGUUUGGCACCGUCAAUUGAGGAAGCAGCAGGCCUUCUGGCCACCAGUCCCUCCGAAGAAGAUAAGAAACUAGCCCAACAAACUGUUGCUAGUUUUGGUCAUACCAUCGGAGCUAUCGGAAUUGCCUCUCAUGCUGCAGCCGAUACUAUACCGGGUGGAACCCGCAUCUCCAAUCUUCGAUUUAGCGAGCAAGAAACUAACACCGUAGUAAAAGCUUGCAAGGAAAAGCAUAUCUCAGUCACAGCAGCAGUGCAUGCUUCGGUUGCCGGAGCCAACUAUCUACUAGCUGCUCCCGAAGAUAGAAAGAAACAUUACACCAGUACUAUCCGCUUUAGUUUCCGGCCUUUUCUGCCAUACCCAUAUUCUGGGCGCGAGUACGCUAGCACCAUCUUUACUAGUGGCUGGAUGUUUCCCGUAUCAGCUAAGUCAUCAUGGGGAGAGCGCGAAAAGGCAUAUCAUAAUGAGUACCGCAAGGGUUUAACUCCAGAAUUCAUCUCGGCCCAUCGUGAAUAUGCAAAAGGACUCUGCAACCUUCUUCGAAGUAUGCCCGCUGGACUCCCUUCACCAACCGACGUGGAUAUCAGCAGCCUCGGUAUAGUUGAAAAGAUGUUGGCUAGGGAGAGGGGAUCCCCGGAGAGAGAGAUUCGUGUUAACCAAGUUUCUGGCGGCUUGGAGAUGACGAAUAGGCAGUGUGUGUGCCAUGUGUGGACUUUUAGAAAUGAGUUAUGUUUGAAUUUGGUCUACAAUGAGGCCUUUCACGAGAAAGCAACCAUGGAUGCUUUUGUUAGGAGCAUCAAGGAUCUACUCCUCCAGGAAUUAUCCGUUUAA